GUCAUGCAAGACAAGAUAAUCUGCCUUCCAAAAAGAGUGCAGCCUGCUCAGAACCACUCUUCAUUUCAAAUGUCUCUCAAGCAAUUGCCAGUACCACCCCGCUGCCUCCCCCUAAGCCAUCCCCUGCCAACCCCACCACCGUGGAAAUGAAAGGACUGAAGACAGAUUUGGACCUCCAGCAGUACAGUUUUAUAAACCAGAUGUGUUAUGAGCGAGCCCUUCACUGGUAUGCCAAGUAUUUCCCUUACCUUGUGCUCAUCCAUACCCUGGUCUUCAUGCUUUGCAGUAACUUUUGGUUCAAAUUCCCUGGCUCCAGCUCCAAAAUAGAACAUUUCAUCUCCAUCCUGGGGAAGUGCUUUGACUCUCCCUGGACCACGCGGGCUUUAUCUGAAGUAUCUGGGGAGGAUUCAGAAGAAAAAGACAAUAGGAAGAAUAACUUGAACAGGUCCAACACCACCCAGUCUGGUCCUGAAGGCAGCCUAGUCAACUCUCAGUCUCUAAAGUCAAUUCCUGAGAAGUUUGUGGUUGACAAAGCUACUGCAGGGGCUCUGGAUAAAAAGGAAGGCGAGCAAGCAAAGGCCUUAUUUGAGAAGGUGAAGAAGUUUAGGAUCCAUGUGGAAGAAGGGGAUAUACUCUAUGCCAUGUAUGUUCGCCAGACUGUACUUAAGGUUAUCAAAUUCCUAAUCAUCAUUGCCUACAAUAGCGCUCUGGUUUCCAAGGUCCAGUUCACGGUGGACUGUAAUGUCGACAUUCAGGACAUGACUGGAUAUAAAAACUUUUCUUGCAAUCAUACCAUGGCGCACUUGUUCUCCAAACUCUCCUUUUGCUAUUUGUGCUUCGUAAGUAUCUACGGGCUGACGUGCCUUUAUACCUUAUACUGGCUGUUCUACCGCUCUCUGAGGGAAUAUUCGUUUGAAUAUGUCCGGCAGGAGACAGGAAUUGACGAUAUUCCAGACGUGAAAAAUGACUUUGCUUUUAUGCUUCAUAUGAUAGAUCAGUAUGACCCCCUCUAUUCCAAGAGAUUUGCAGUGUUCCUGUCUGAAGUCAGUGAAAACAAACUAAAGCAGCUGAACUUAAAUAAUGAGUGGACUCCUGAUAAACUGAGGCAGAAGCUGCAGACGAAUGCCCAUAAUCGACUGGAAUUGCCUCUUAUCAUGCUUUCUGGCCUGCCAGACACUGUUUUUGAAAUCACAGAGUUGCAGUCUCUAAAGCUUGAGAUCAUCAAGAACGUAAUGAUACCCGCCACCAUCGCGCAGCUUGACAAUCUCCAGGAGCUCUCUCUACACCAGUGCUCUGUCAAAAUCCACAGCGCAGCACUCUCUUUCCUGAAGGAAAACCUCAAGGUCUUGAGUGUCAAGUUUGAUGACAUCCGGGAGCUACCCCCCUGGAUGUAUGGACUCCGGAAUCUGGAAGAGCUCUACCUGGUUGGCUCUCUAAGUCAUGACAUUUCCAAAAAUAUCACCCUGGAGUCUCUGCGGGAUCUCAAAAGCCUUAAAAUUCUCUCUAUCAAAAGCAACGUUUCCAAAAUCCCCCAGGCAGUGGUGGAUGUGUCCAGCCACCUCCAGAAGAUGUGCAUACAUAAUGACGGCACUAAGCUGGUGAUGCUCAACAACCUGAAGAAGAUGACCAACCUGACGGAGCUGGAGCUGGUCCACUGUGACCUGGAGCGCAUUCCACAUGCUGUGUUCAGCCUGCUGAGCCUCCAGGAGCUGGACCUGAAGGAAAACAAUCUGAAGUCCAUAGAAGAAAUCGUGAGCUUCCAGCACUUGAGGAAGUUGACAGUGCUCAAACUGUGGCAUAAUGGCAUCACCUACAUCCCAGAACACAUAAAGAAACUCACCAGCCUGGAACGACUGUCCUUCUGUCACAACAAGAUCGAGGUGCUGCCUUCCCACCUCUUCCUAUGCAACAAAAUCCGCUACUUGGACUUAUCCUACAAUGACAUUCGAUUUAUCCCACCCGAAAUAGGAGUGCUUCAAAGUUUACAGUAUUUUUCCAUCACUUGUAACAAAGUGGAAAGCCUUCCAGAUGAACUCUACUUCUGCAAGAAACUUAAAACUCUAAAGAUUGGGAAAAACAGCCUAUCAGUACUCUCACCAAAAAUUGGAAAUUUACUAUUUCUCUCCUACUUAGAUGUUAAAGGCAAUCACUUUGAAAUCCUCCCACCCGAACUGGGAGACUGCCGGGCUCUAAAGCGAGCUGGCUUAGUUGUGGAAGAUGCUCUAUUUGAAACUCUGCCCUCUGAUGUCCGGGAGCAAAUGAAAGCAGAAUAACUUAUUUUUCAUCACAGUUUGACUGACACAUGCUUCUACCAAAUACAGUAUAAAUAAUUAGGUAGUCUUAAUGCCUUUCCUAGCUUAUUUUUUUUCUUUUUCACACAGAACAAAAUGUACACAAAGAUUGAGUAAGGAGUCUGUAUUUUUUAAUAAAAAUUUAAUUGUAUAUUUUCAAUAUUAA